AUGGUUUCGCGCUUCUUUCCUUCGCGCAGAACGGGCCUUGCCCUGGCUGCAGGAUGUCUUUUGUUUUCAGCCUUGGCGGCAGCCAAUGUUGGCCCCGGAGAGCUCUCUGUGGGUCAGAUCGAGGAGCAAUUGCAGAACUGCCCACUAGUCGAAUCUCUGAACGAGCAUAAGCGGGCUACCCGCCCAGAGACCACUAGCCUGACUGCGAAAAUCUUCGCAGUCCUCUUCCCAAGCACCCCCGCUGUGAACGCCCUACUGGCAACUUUGUAUAUCUCCGGUCCCCCCAAUUUCCUCCUGGCACUAUGCCCACCCAAUAUCGACCCCUCCUCACUGUCAGUGAUGGUCGCAUUCGCCGUCGGCGGCUUGCUCGGUGACACCCUCUUCCACCUACUCCCCGAGAUCUUUGUCGGCGAAGCUUCCCCAGACCAUGUGAGCUUCGUAAUGGUCGAGCCAAACAAGAACUUGCUCCUCGGCUUGGGUAUCAUGGUCGGAUUCUUCACCUUCGUCGCAAUGGACAAGACCCUCCGGAUCGCGACUGGCGGCGAGGGCGGCCACGACCACUCCCACAGCCACGCGCCCACAGAGCCCACCGCCGCAGCUACCGGCGCCGAGAAGAAGUCCAACGGCGAGCUCAAGCAGCGUAAAUCCGCCGCCAAAGAAUCCACCCCCGCCCCAGAGAAGGAAAUCAACCCCAGUGUCAAGCUCGGCGGAUAUCUCAACCUCAUCGCCGACUUCACGCAUAACAUCACCGACGGUCUUGCGUUGUCGUCUUCCUUCUAUGCUUCACCUACAAUCGGCGCGACGACCACUGUGGCCGUGUUCUUCCACGAAAUCCCCCAUGAAGUCGGUGACUUUGCUCUGCUUAUCCAAUCCGGUUUCUCGAAGCGCAAGGCGAUGGGAGCGCAGUUUGUUACUGCUAUUGGUGCGUUCUUGGGUACGCUGAUUGGAAUUGCGGUUCAGGAGCUCGGUGGCAAUGGGACUAUGUUGGAUGAUGUCGAGCCUGUUGGUCUUAUGGGAACUAGCCUUACCUGGGGGGAUAUGCUCCUUCCGUUCACCGCGGGUACAUUCUUGUACGUUGGUACCGUGGCUGUGAUUCCGGAGUUGCUGGAGACAGGUAAGGACAAGGGUGUCGAAGUGCGCAAGACCAUCACACAGUUUUUGGCUGUCGCUCUUGGUGCAGGUAUUAUGCUUGCUAUCUCCUGGGAUUAA